ACCAGAGGCAUUCGCAAAUAGAAACCGUAUAGGCUCGACCCUUGGCCCGCCGCCAGAACUCGUCUCGCCCGCGGCCGAUCCUCUCCAUCCGCUCGCCGCGCCGCAACCCGCAGAGGAGACAGCGCUCGGUCGAGCACCACCUGGGGCCCAGCGUCCUCGCGAGUCGCGACCAGCUCCGGCGCGGCGUCCGCCCUCUGCAGCCCCGGUGUCCCCGCGACCGUCGCUGCUGUCCUACUUCGCCACUCGACACCUUGGCCGGCGACGAGCACCACCAGGACACCAGAUUGGAUAAACAAUACCAUGCCAUUAGGUGGAUAAUAUUUGACGUGCUCCUGGCUUGUUCAAUUCUGGCAUCAUCAAAAUGUCAGGACCGCUGAAUUCAAACAUUAGUGGGGCCACCUCAAACCUUAGAGAUUCAACAGGAAGGCCAUUUACAUCAUCCUUUUCCGGUCAAUCUGGAUCACUUCCGGGUUUUCAUCACUCAGGCUCACACAACAUUCAUGGAAAUCUUAAUCUUGCAAAUAUCUCUGGAUCAUUAGCACCAAGAAAUAAUUCAAUGACGGGCAUUCCAUCUCCAGGGGUUCAACAACCCGGUGGUGGUAUUUCCAGUGGCCGGUUCCCUUCAAAUAAUCUUCAAGCUUCCAUGUCUCAGAUUCCUCAUGGGCAUUCUGGGAUCAGCAACAGAGGAGGUAUGAAUGUUGGGGGAAAUCCUGGAUUUAGUAGUAGCAUGAAUGCUAUUGGUGGUUCAAUACAAGGUUUAUCCUCAAACUUGGCUAAUGUGGGUAACCGCAAUUCUGCUCCUGGGUUGGCAGCUUCUCCAGUCUUAGGGAAUUUAGGUCCACGAAUAACAAAUGCUGGGAAUAUUAUGGGUGGGAGCAAUAUUGGGAGAAGUAUAAGCUCUGGAGGACUGUCUAUGCCUAGUAUUGCAUCUCGCAUGAAUUUAAGUGGCAACUCUGGAAGUGGGGCUAUCAACAUUCAAGGAUCCAACCGUAUGGGUAGUAUGCUUCAACAAGCAUCCCCACAGUUUAUGAACUUGCUUGGAAGUUCUUACCCAACACCUGGAGGGUCACUAUCUCAGAAUCAAGUACAGUCAGGAAACAACUCUUUAGGAUCUUCUGGAAUGCUAUAUGAUGGAAGCUCAGGUGACAAUGCUCCAUUUGAUAUUAAUGACUUCCCUCAGUUAACUGGACGGCCUAAUUCGGCUGGAGGUGGUCAAGGACAAUAUGGAUCACUGAGAAAGCAUGGAGUAAGUGUCAAUGCCAUUGUGCAACAAAAUCAGGAAUUCAGCAUUCAGAAUGAAGAUUUUCCAGCUUUACCAGGAAAUAAAGGUAGUUCCUCAGAUUAUCCUAUGGAUAUCCAUCACAAGGACCACCUUCAUGAGAAUGUAAAUAUUAUGCAAGCACAACAUUAUCCUAUGGCUCGACCAUCUGGCUUUAACUUGGGAAGCAGCUAUCCACCCCGUCAACAUCAGCAGAGUGCUAAUUCAGUUCAAAAUGCUGGGCUGGAAACUAUUGGACUAAGACCAUCAAAUUCUCCAAGUCCAUCGACUAAUGCGGGGGUUUAUGAGCAAUUCAUGCAGAAGUACCAUCAACCACAGACUCAAAAUUCACUUAGGUUGCAGGCAUCUUCAGGUCCUCAACAGUACAAGGAUCAGAGCCAAAAAUCCGUUCAGGGAACACAGGCUGCGCCAGAUCCAUAUAGCUUACUUGGAUUGUUGAGUUUAAUAAGAAUGAAAGAGCCUGGACCUACAGCUCUUGCUUUGGGGAUUGAUUUGACAUCGUUGGGGUUGAAUUUGAACUCCCAAGAUAAUCUUUACAAGACAUUUGGCUCUCCGUGGUCAAAUGAGCCAGCUAUAGGAGAACCUGAUUAUCAGAUCCCCGCUUGUUUCUUUGCAGAGCCACCACCAGCACUGCAACCAUUACAUUUUCAGAAGUUUCACCCCUUGACACUAUUCUACAUCUUUUACAGCAUGCCUAAGGAUGUCGCUCAGUUAUAUGCUGCUAAUGAACUAUACAAUAAAGGGUGGUUUUACCACAAAGACUACCGUGUGUGGCUCACAAGAGCUCCUAAUUCUGCACCUCUCGUGAAAACUCCACUUCAUGAACGAGGGUCCUACAUUUGUUUUGAUCCAAGCAUCUGGGAUACUGUCCAUAAGGACAACUUUGUUCUCCAUUACGAAGCAGUGGAGAAGAGACCUGUCCUUCCUUCUGCUGGCCAAAAUAUUAGGCGAGAAUUAUAAGCUUGCCCUAGGUUCUCCUGCAUUUGAAGUUAGUUUGGUUUGAUCAGUAGCUGUUGUCAUAGAUGGGAUGAGUUCAUACAAAAUGAUUAUGUAAGAACUCCUGAGCCCAGGAAAUUGGCAUGCAUGCUGAUUGGAAAAUGGAGCUCCUUUGUUGGCCGGCUGCCCUGCCAGGUGGCAGUUGUAGACAUGUAGUUGAGAUUUAGGUUUGCUUCAGUAUUUGUAGGGCAAUUGUACCUAUGUUUUGACUUUUGACUUUCUUUUUGCUGUUGUGACGCAGUCACCGUGUUGACUAUCAAUGUUUUGACCAUUUUGAGUCGCAUAAAAAAUAGAAUCAGACUUUGGAUUUGAGAUGUGCGCGUUGCCUGUUUGAGGAUUAGAGUUUUGCUGAACAUGUCGCGUAACUACAGAGCAUAUUAAUGAUUCUAUCCGGUUAAA